AUGGAGCCCGUGGCGGCGGAGGAAGGAGAGGACCCGCGGUGGAGACGGAGUAACACCGAUUGCGUCUCCUUCCUUGCUUCCCGCUUCACCUGCACCAAGGGGGCUAAUUGCGAGUUCCGGCACUGCGAGGGCGCGCGGUUCAACCAGAGCUGCUGGUACUGGUUUCGAGGCAGCUGCGUCAACCCGAGCUGCACUUUCCGCCACCCCAUCUAUUUUUUUGCCUUGCUGGACCUUAGCUUCUCAUUAGCUUUCUGGUUAUGUAAUUUUGUAUGGUGCUUGUUAUCUCACUACUUGGCAGAUCCACUUCUCUCAUAUGCUUCUGCUUCUAUCAAGGCAGCUAAUCCUUGUUAUUUCUACUACAACUCGUAUUGUAAGAAAGGUGACAAUUGUCCCUUCCUACAUGAGCCUAUAACUCGUAACGAUGUUGUUGGAAUUUCUUCUGGAGCUCUCACUUUUAAUCUUGCUAAAAAUAGCAAUCCUGCUGGAAAUGAGAUGAUUGAAUCAUCGAAAGAUACUCUUGCUAAUCCUUGCCAAGGAAGCCCUGACCGCACAAAGGACCACCAGUCAGGACUUCCAGCCUCAAGCAGUCCCAAACAUAAUGGACUUAUUCUCAAUGCACCUCAAACAACAGUUGAUACAGUGGGAUACAUGAAAAGCUCCACACUGUCUGAUCAGAGCUCAGGAGAUUCAGCGAUUGAACAUGCUGAACAAGAUACAUCACAUGAUUCCUCCCCUGGAUUUGAUGUUCUUGUGGAUGACGGACUUUCUAACAUGAUUGAUCUUGAGCAUUAA